CAUUGGCGACCAGACACGUAACGAUAUAACCAAAAGUCAAAUUCGGUCUUACGUCGAAAUCUGGUUUAACAAGUUUUGGUCCAAUCCUGGCAUAACGCCAUUGAAAACUCGACUCAUUUUGCAACUAGUAUUAGAACUUGAUUUAUACCUAAAGCGAUGGCGGAUCAACCCAAUCUGAGUCGAGAAGGGCUCCAGAAACUUGAAUUUGUUGGUCGUCAGGGAGAUCAACUGGUCUACAAAGGGGCUAAUCGGAAGGUAAUAAUGCUGGAUGUUCAAACAGUCAACCGGUUGGGAACACCCAGUCGACCAAGGAAAAGAAGCAAUCCAUCUCGGUAUUCUGAAGAAGAUGUUUGGAGUGGAAACCGAUCUUCAGACAAGACUCAAGACAAAUUAGCCACUGCCAAACUGAUAGAUAUCCUAAAAAACUAUCAAGAAAAUGGUGAGUUAUUCACUAACAAAAAGAUGAGAAAAAAAGAAGUGUGGGUUGCAAUAGCUUCACAGCUCAUGGCUGAAGGUUUCCAUUUCCGUAACAAAGAGAGCGCCUGGGAGAAAGUCAGUCAAAAGUGGCGCAACAUGGAGCGCACUUAUCGGAUGCACAUACAAAGCAUUCGUAACAAAGGGUUAGCUCCAGGUGCGGCAACCAUGGAGUUCUUCGAUGAUCUACACGAACUCCUUGCUGGAAAGUACCACACAGAGUCGAUGCUAAUAUCGGACAGCUCAUCAGGUUUCGAUUCCGGCCCCCCAAAUCAGAACGAUGGCGACGAUACCCAACAAUCUGCAGAGAUGACGAAUGAAGAGCUUCUUGAAUUUUACUACGAGGAGCAGCUACAGCGAGAAGACUCAAAUGUGACAACCGAAGUAGGACCGCCUCCUAUGGAGGCAGAAUUGUGUGAUACUUACAUCGAAGAUGAAUUACCGCCAUCGCCCACUUUCUCCGACAACAAAGAUCUAGUCUUCUCCUCCUCAGAUCAGGAAAUUAGCAUAUCACGUGAUCCUCACACCGCCGGAGUUAAAGAUCCCGUCCUUCGCCUUUUACUGGAAAUGAGGGCUCAAGAACGCGCACACUUUCGCGAAGACCGACGUGAACGGCUGAAAAUGCAGCGAGAUAUUUUCGAUUUUCACCGUGAUUUGGUCCACUUGCUCAAUCAACAUCAUCAAGAACGAAUGGAAGUCAUGCACAACCUCAUCGCAGCCAUCGGCGGAGCAUCUACUGUCAAACAGACCAACAAUGUCAUACCCAAUGGCGAUCAUAAAGACGACAUUAACUUACCGCGCAGCUCCUCCCGUCACAGCCACCUCUCCUAGAGAUCAACGACUCUAGAAAAAAAAAAAAAAUGAAUUCAGGCAAAGACCAAAUAAUUAAAGAAAGGCUUCAGUUCUUUCAAGUCUAAUAUAAACCUUAUUUUUUUGUUUGUUGAAUUGGACCUCUAUAUUACUAGAUCGUAUCGUUACGACCAAUACAAAUUCCUUUGUUCAGAUUCGAUCUUUUCCUUUAAAGUUAUAUUCGACCAGAGCGGAUUUUGACCCUGAAAUUCGAAUCGUUUUAUUGGCAUAUUAGAACUGUCAUAAAUGAUGAUACAGCAGAAGUGAUAUCAUUCUUACCUUUUUUCUUGCUGGUCACUGACUGCCUUCUUUCACUAAAGCAUCAUGUCGUAAACGUUGACGGCCACAUUCAAACGGAUAUAAAAGAGAUAUGAUUCUGUCUGGAAUCGUCAGAGCGUUUCUUGUCGUCACUCGAAAACCUCAUCGCAGAAAAUGAUCAAACUGGCCAUUUUACUCGUUUGCGUUGUACACGUUUACGCCAAACUCCAACGUCCAGGUUUCUACAUUCCGGCGGAAUACAACCAGUAUGAAGAACUCAGCCCGUACCACGUUCGUGUUAUGCAGCCUCUCCUUCGUCCAGCCAACGGGUUCCCUACGAUGGCGACCAAUACAAUUCGCAAUCCUUCCUACCCAACUUUCGUUCGGUUGCCUUCAAUGCCCAACAGACGUCAAUUCCGGUUUCCGGCAGGUGGCUAUUAUCUUCUACCAGCCAAUGCAGUUGGCAGCAGACAUGAUUUCCCCAUCAACGCGGCGCAGAAGCUCUUCCAACCGAUAGCUUUACCAUUAACUGUAGGUCCGCAGACACGUCCGUCUAUUGUUGCUACUGAAGACGAUGGUGAAUGCCAAGAUGAGUCGCCCGCCAUCUCUCCGAUCAAAGACGUUUCGCAGAUAAACUGAUUACAGGACGAAAUAGUUUAAGAAUAAUAAUUCAUUUGAAAUUAACGUGGUUACUUACGGUAAAUCGGGCAUUGUUGGAUAUUUGACAUGGGGUUGCUCAA